AGAGAGACAGGGACCCCCAGAUCUGUCCUCUCUCUCCUUGAAGCUCUAAAUAUGGCGAUUAGAGAGGCUUUGAUAUUCUCGCUGACUGUUAUCUAUAUCACUUCACUCGCUGCCGCCGAUUCCAUCCAAGGCUGUGGUGGAUUCGUCGAGGCAAGUUCGGAUUUGAUCAAGUCGAGGAAGCCAACUGAUGGAAAAUUGGAUUAUUCUCAUAUUACGGUUGAGCUUCGCACAAUUGAUGGAUUGGUGAAGGACAGAACUCAGUGUGCCCCAAAUGGUUACUAUUUCAUUCCUGUCUAUGACAAGGGUUCUUUUGUAGUCCAAAUCAAGGGACCAGAAGGAUGGUCAUUGGACCCUGAUAAGGUUCCUGUCGUUGUUGAUCAUGCUGGUUGUAAUGCCAAUGAAGAUAUUAACUUCCGAUUCACAGGGUUCACGAUAUCUGGAAGAGUUGUGGGAGCCGUUGGUGGAGAAAGCUGUUCACUUAAAAAUGGAGGUCCAUCUAAUGUAAAUAUUGAGCUUUUGUCUCCUUCAGGGAAUCUCAUCUCCUCUGUUUUAACAUCAUCAGAGGGAAGUUACUCAUUCAACAACAUCAUUCCAGGAAAUUACAAAUUACAAGCUUCACAUCCUGAUUUGACGGUUGAAGUUAGGGGUUCCACAGAGGUGGAAUUAGGGUUUGGAAAUGGUUUAGUUGAUGACAUCUUCUUUGUCCCUGGAUAUGACAUUAAUGGGUUUGUAGUUGCUCAGGGAAAUCCAAUCCUGGGGGUUCAUAUUUAUUUAUAUUCAAAUGAUGUAUCAGAGGUUGAUUGUCCUCAGGGUUCUGGUAAUGCCCCUGGACAAGGAAAAUCUCUGUGUCAUGCUGUUUCUGAUGCUGAUGGGAUGUUCACAUUUAAAUCAUUGCCUUGUGGGGUUUAUGAGCUUAUACCUUUCUACAAGGGUGAAAAUACCAUUUUUGAUGUUUCACCACCGUCUGUGUCGGUGUCUGUUGAACAUCAUCAUGUAACGGUUGCCCAAAAGUUUCAGGUCACUGGAUUUUCUGUUGGGGGCCGCGUUGUUGAUGGAAAUGAUGCGGGAGUAGAUGGUGUUAAAAUUAUUGUAGAUGGUCAGGAAAGGUCCAUCACUGACACACAAGGAUAUUACAAGCUUGAUCAGGUUACAUCAAAUCGCUAUACGAUAGAAGCCAAGAAGGAGCAUUACACGUUCACAACCUUAAAGGAUUUUUUGGUUCUGCCAAAUAUGGCCUCAAUUGAAGAUAUUAGAGCAGCGUCCUAUGAUGUAUGUGGUGUUGUUCGUAUGGUUAGUGCUGGUUACAAAGCAAAGGUGGCCUUGACACAUGGACCAGAGAAUGUUAAACCCCAGAUGAAACAGACUGAUGACACUGGAAAUUUCUGCUUUGAGGUUCCACCUGGUGAAUACCGUUUAUCUGCUUUGGCAGCCACUCCUGAGAGUGCUCCUGGGCUUCUCUUUUUGCCAUCUUAUGUUGAUGUUGCGGUCAAAAGUCCAUUACUGAAAGUUGAAUUUUCUCAGGCACUUGUCAAUAUACAUGGUGCUGUGGUCUGCAAGGAGAAGUGUGGUCCAUCUGUUUCGGUUACUCUUGUUAGGUUGGCUGGCAAACGUAAUGAAGAGAGAAAGACAGUCAGUCUAACUGAUGAGAGUAGUGAAUUUUUGUUUUCAAGUGUCUUUCCUGGAAAAUACAGGCUUGAGGUCAAGCAUCUUUCUCCAGGAGCCGUGUCUGGGGAAGAUAGCUGGUGCUGGGAACAGAGUUUCAUUGAUGUGGAUGUUGGUGCUGAUGGCAUAAAAGGAAUUGUAUUUGUCCAGAAAGGUUAUUGGAUUAAUAUAGUUUCCUCCCAUGAUGUAGAUGCUUACAUGACUCAACCAGAUGGUUCAUCUGUGAAUUUGAAGAUUAAGAAAGGCUUGCAGCAUAUUUGUGUAGAAUCUCCUGGAGUACAUGAACUUCACUUUGUUGACUCAUGUAUUUUCUUUGGGAGCUCGUCGAUGAAGAUUGAUACAUCAAAUACAUUGCCUAUCCAUUUGAAAGGAGAUAAAUACCUCCUUAAAGGGCAUAUCCAUGUUCAAUCAAGCUCACUCAGUGGUGAAUAUGAGUUACCUGAAAGUUUUAUUGUGGAGGUUUUGAAUAGUGAUGGCACUGUCUUUGGUGGUAGUCCUGCCAGACUUAUAUCCGGUGAAAAUGAUCAAACAAGUGCUUCUGUAUAUGAGUAUUCUGUAUGGGCCAAUCUUGGAGAAAAACUUACCUUUGUUCCUUCAGAUGCAAGGAAUAAUGGUGAGAAGAAGAUCUUGUUUUAUCCUAGGCAACGACAUGUCUUGGUGACAAAUGAUGGUUGUCAAGCUUCAAUUCCUCCGUUUUCUGGUCGACUGGGCUUGUAUGUUGAAGGAUCGGUUUCACCCCCUCUUUCUGGAGUCAAUAUCAGGAUUAUUGCUGCAGGAGAUAGCCCCAAUGCUCUAUUUAAGAAAGGUGACUUGGUACUGGGAACUACAACAGGGACAGAUGGUUUCUUUGUUGGGGGACCUCUAUAUGAUGAUAUAACUUACAGCAUCGAGGCUUCAAAGACUGGCUAUCAUCUGAAACAAGUUGGACCUAAUUCCUUCUCUUGUCAGAAGCUUAGCCAAAUUUCUGUGCAUAUAUAUUCUAAAGAUGAUGCUGAAGAGCCUAUUCCUUCUGUGCUACUAUCAUUGAGUGGUGAUGAUGGUUAUAGGAACAACUCUGUAUCUGGAACUGGUGGUGUUUUUCUCUUUGAUCACUUAUUUCCUGGAAGUUUUUAUCUGCGACCUCUACUAAAGGAGUAUGCUUUUUCACCUCCAGCGCAGGCAAUAGAACUUGGUUCUGGGGAGUCAAGAGAAGUCGUUUUCCAAGCCACUCGUGUUGCUUACAGUGCUACAGGUACAGUCACCUUGUUGUCUGGCCAGCCAAAAGAAGGCGUUUCAGUUGAAGCCCGAUCAGAUUCCAAAGGCUAUUAUGAGGAAACAGUAACCGAUUCAUCAGGAAGUUACCGUCUAAGAGGGCUUCUUCCUGAUACAACCUAUUUAAUCAAAGUGGUAAAAAAGGAUGACCUCAGUAGCUCCAGAAUUGAGCGUGCAUCUCCAGAAUCUGUCUCUGUUAAGGUUGGAUCUGAGGAUAUCAAGGCAUUGGACUUCCUGGUAUUUGAACAGCCAGAAAUGACCAUUUUAAGUUGCCAUGUUGAAGGGAGUAGAAUCGAGGAACUACAUUCACAUUUACGAGUGGAGAUCAAGUCCGCUAGUGACCCAUCUAAGAUAGAGUCUGUCUUCCCACUCCCGCUUUCUAAUUUCUUCCAGGUGAAGGACUUGCCCAAGGGUAAGCACCUUUUGCAGCUCCAAUCUGGCUUCCCAUCCACCACCCACAAAUUUGAGUCCGAAAUUAUUGAGGUUGACUUAGAGAAAAACACCCAAAUUCAUGUGGGCCCACUCAGAUUUAAAGUUGAAGAGGAUCACCACAAACAGGAAUUAACUCCAGCACCCGUGUUUCCUCUCAUCGUUGGAGUUUCAGUGAUUGCUCUUUUCAUCAGUAUGCCAAGAUUAAAGGAUUUAUACCAAACAACGAUGGGAAUGUCGAUGUCCGGAGCCACCUCAACCGCAAAGAAAGAAGUGAGGAAACCCAUUUUGAGAAAGAAGACUUACUAAAAGCUAGAGUGAUAGAAAGUUUUGGGAUCACGAGCUUGCUUGCAUGGAGAGCAUGUGUACCGUUUGAUACUGACCAGAGUUUUUAUCUUUUUACAUGGUCGGAAAAAUUCAGAAUUAAAUGUACCCAGUAAAAUUAGCCUUUUCCCCACUUUCCUUUUUCUCUCAAAUUUUUCUUGAUCCAAGUCAAAUUUUAGCUUUGUAAUUAUACCUUUUUUUUUAGCUGUUGUGUUUUCGUGAUGGUAUAGGAUGUCCAUGCCUUGCGACUUCAUAAGAUUUGCUUAAUGCAACUUUUAAGUACGGACCUUUUUCUAGUUUUA